AUGGCGAUAUAUGAUUUCGACUAUGGUCUGCAGGGUCAGGUGCAAAUGGAGGCUUGGUCAGCAUGUUAUGGCUCUGGACUGAAUCCCCAGGCCUCUCCAUUCCUGCCGCGACAGAAGGCAGCACAGGAGUGGCGGGCAUUGCUUCGGCGCCUCGCCGCAACACCGCUGCCGCUGGGCCGAGAGGCGCUGCUCUGGGCAAGAAGGUUAGAAGAUGCGGCAGCAGCAGCUGCCAUUGGUGGACAAAGCUCCAGAAUCGAUUGGCAGCCUCGCCGGAAAUCUACGGCUCGACAGGAGCCAGCCCCUGGGCUGAUGGGCAACACAGGUGGAACCCACGCGCGCGAGGCAAGCGUCGGGCUCGCAGCUUUGGGCCCCAAAGGCGGAGGCAAACGCCAGGAUGCUUGGAAGUGCCACCGCAGAGCCAAAGCUCGAGGCAGUUUCAAGAUGCGACGUCCGCAGAGGCCACGCAAGCAACUGCACGGAGGCCGAGACCCCUGA